UUGGCGUGUCAGGCAAUUUGAAUGUAAAUGAGAUUUGUUGGCAGCUUCAAGUGCAGAAGAGAAUACUGAGCAAGAGGGAGAGUUUCUCUCUGCCUGGUGCUGGGCUGCAUGAUAUUCCCAGAUGGCUGGGAUUCAGAGACCGUCAGGGACAUGUGUGGGGAGAAGACAGGGAAGUACUCACUGGGCGACUGCUCUGUGCGCUGGGCUUACAUCUUAGCCAUCAUUGGCAUCUUGAAUGCCCUCAUCCUCUCCUUCCUGGCCUUUGUCCUCGGCAACCGGCAGAACGACCUGCUUCAUGAAGAGCUCAAAACAGAGAACAAAGAUUUUGUUGGCACUGCGAGGAUAUAAUGUAGAAGAGGCAGGAGGGCCCCAGCUCUCAUUGGUAUCUGGACUGGACACUCUCUCUCUCCCCUCUGCCCCUUCCGUCCUCCCUCACGGCCUUUCCUUUGCUGCUGCCAACUGGAAAAAAAAAACCAUCCCAACUCCGAAGUCUCAGAAUUCGACCGACCUCACCUGCGCCGCACCACUUCCGGAGACACAUCCAUCCCUCAUGAUGAUUCGCCAGCUUUGGCUCCUUCCCCUUCUCUGCUGAUUGGCCGCUGGGUGGAAGGUUGACCUCGAUGGCCCGAACCUUAAGCCUGAACUGCAGUGCUUUGGAGAAGAGGAAACGAGAUGCGCAGUCCAACUUUGGCGUUUCAAGGAAAUGACUUCCCCGGGGAAUUUUAAAUAUCAACCUUUCCCAGGAGAAGCUAGCUUUUACAAGAAAAGCGUCCAGUAUGCCCCCCUCCCUUCCUCCUGAUGCCCUUCUUUCGAAGAACCAACAGCUGAUGCCAAGAUGCUACUGCUGCAAACAGACUCUGCCAGGGCCACCUCUUUGCCUCAUCUGCCCCACAUUUUUAACCUUUCAGCAACUUUUGCCCACCUGUACGCCCAUCCGGGGCUACCCAGCACCUGAGACUGGUCCAUUUGAUACUUUUCUGUGUAAAUUAAAUCGUCUCUGAACAGGGUAACGGUGAGCAGCGACAUCCCCUUCCCUUUGGGGAUUUCAGCCACCAGAACUUUGCAUUCUCCAUUCAUUCUGCCUAGGUAAAUGCCGCUGUACCUUGAAGUGUACAGAAGAAACGGAGUGCGGGUUGGGGGGAGGGAACUGCUCAGCUGGUUCCCCCGCCCCGCUCACUGUGGGAUGAGGGUGAUGCCAUUUCAGCCUACAGGAUGAUUCCUCUAACCAUGAAUGUAAGCCUUGAUCAGGUCCCACCUCCAGGGAAGCAUGGACAGAAAAGAGGCCAAUGAGAUGCAGGCACGGGAGUGAUCACCUUCCUCUGGUCUGCUGGCAAGGUCGAGACCCGGUCAAGCCGUGGCCACUGUCUAGCUCUGAGGCAUGUGCCCAAGGGCUACUUCCCUUGGACACACACACACACAUGGUGCUUCAUCUCCCUGAGCAGAAGCAGCUUUGCAACUCAGGGAAGGUGGGUCAAGGAUAGGAAAACUGGGCCCGUGCAGGGUCCACCUUCCUCUGAACAGCACUAGUCUUUGAAGCCCAAGCGUCCUCCACUGCGGCUGGACUUUGACUUCCAGAAGCCCUAACCUUCAUGGCCAAUAGCCAGGGAUUCUGGGAAUUACAGUUCAAAAUGCUUACGAGGCCCAGCAUUUGAGACCUUGACUCUAGGCAAGAAGGGCCUUGUGCUCCCCUCUUCCUUCCUAUCUGGUGGGCUAAGGGUGAAAUGGGGGCAAGGGUAAAAGAACCCAGCCUCACCCUCCAAUCACUGUUCUACCCUCUCAGCGACUCUGAAAACUAGGAGAGAAAUGUGUUGCCCUAAAUAUCUGGACGCAACGGCUUUCCUCUGACACCAACCCUCACAGUUUGAGGUGAAUACUGAAAUAGUUCCACAAGUGCAAUCAUUUGGCCCUGGGUAGGGCAGCCGACAAGGCAAGCCUCAAACUACAUAAGAGACAGAGAGAGACUAGGGUGAGGCCAACUAAAGCCUUACACCCAAACGGUGUCAUAAAUACACACAUGCCAUUUCGUCCCUGUGUGGAGCCUCCUUCUUUUCUCACAGUCCCUCACCAGCUGUUGACAUUUUAAAGCCACUAUGAAGCAAGCAACAGCUGUCCCAGCAAUAGCCCUACCAACACCCUUUCUCGCAGGAGGAGAUAACCAAGGGCACAGAAAAAGCAGAGAGAGAAUCUGCUCCGUAGGCAGACAGAAAUGGAAGGCCAAAGAACAAAAAAAGGAAGCUGUAGGGCAGGAAUGGGGAGAUGUAGAGAUGGCCUUAUGAUAUUUUGAUGCCUGAGGCAGGAAAUCCAAACAGUAUCAUGUAUGGUUGUAAAGUUUUAAACUGGAUGAGCCAUUUGCUACCCUUCAAUGGAAUCCCUAAAUGUACCACUUAAAAGUGUGCCGCCUCACACUGCCUAAGCAUAGAGAUGGGAAAAGUCUGCCUUUUUGGAGUAUACAAUACCUUCCCCAUUUCCCCAACCAGUUUGUUCACUAGCUGAGGGGGAUGGGUAGGGCUCAAUCUGGAGCCAGUGGCAUGAAGAGUCUGGUUAUAGAUGUGGAAGCCAGCUAAGAUCCUGAAGGGACCUCAAGGGAGGCCAUAACCUAAAAUUUUAAAACUGUUACAGUGGUGCCUCGCAAGACGAGUUUAAUUCGUUCCACGGUUAAUGUUGUCUU